UCAAACCUAAAGCUAAGCAGUUGUAUUGAAAAUAAUGUCAUCUUUCGUAAACCCCGUUGGGGCCUUCCUAUUUAUUAGUUUGGUUUCCCUAAUAUCGAAUAUAUCCGGAGAAGUGGGCAAGCUGGUGUGCUUCUACGAUGCCAAGAGUUUUGUACGCGAAGGCCCCGGGCAAUUGUCGUUGGCGGAAUUGGAACCUGCUUUAAGUUUCUGCAACUUUUUGAUUUACGGCUAUGCUGGCAUCGAUCCCGAGUCCUUCAAGAUCAAAAGUCUAGAUCCUACUGUGACCUAUGACCGCCAGCACUAUCGCCAGAUAACCGCUUUAAGGCAGAAGUAUCCGCAUGUUCGAUUUUUGCUGUCGGUGGGCGGUGAUCGGGACUUGGACGGCGAGGGCGUGGCAGAUACUGGCAAGUAUUUGAGUUUACUGGAACAGCCCGAGCAUCGUCGGAACUUCAAGGCUAGUGUUUUGGAUGAACUGAACAAGUACGGGUUCGAUGGCAUCGAUCUGGCCUGGCAGUUUCCCAAGACCAGGCCAAAGAAGCAGCAGGGAUUCCUUAAGAGGACCUGGAGCUCGUUCCGUGGGCUCUUUGGCAGCAAAUCCAUUGACGAGAAGGCCGAGGAGCACAAGGAGCAGUUUGCCAGCUUGGUUCACGAUCUUGCAGUGGAUCUGGUACGAGGUGGCAAGCUUCUGUCCCUCACCAUGCUGCCCCAUGUUCCAGCUGAAGUCUUCAUCCAAUUGCCCUCUGUGCUGGCCGAUGUGAGUUUCGUGAACCUGGGCACCUACGAUUUCCAGACCCCGGAACGUGACCCCAAGGUGGGAGACCUACCCGCUCCCCUGUAUGCCAUGUACGAUCGGGAGCCCAGCCACAACGUCCAGUACCAGGUAGAGUACUGGCUGAAUCAGACAUCUCCGAGCUAUUCCCAGAAGCUGAACAUUGGAGUGACCAGCUAUGGACGUGCCUGGACCAUGUCCCGCAACUCUGGCAUCACCGGAUACCCGCCGAUUCCCGAAACGGAUGGGGCCGCUCCCGCGGGCAGGCAGACGGGUAUUCCUGGGAUUCUCAGCUGGCCCGAGACUUGUGACCUCCUCCAACAUCAGCCCCAGAGUAAGGACACGCCGCGUCUAAGGAAGGUGGGAGAUCCUACCAAGCGAUUCGGAAUCUACGCCUAUCGGGCAGCCGACGACAAGGGCGAGAAUGGCUUGUGGAUUGGCUACGAGGAUCCCACGACGGCGGCCAUCAAGGCCGGAUACGUACAGUCCCAGGGAUUGGGGGGAGUGGCUUUCCAUGACAUAUCCUUGGAUGAUUUUCGUGGUCAGUGCGCUGGCGAAAAAUAUCCCAUUCUGCGAAGCAUUAAGUUCAGGUUGUAGGAACUAAUACAUGUCCCUAUUUUUCAAUAAAGCUUUUCAAAAGAUAGAAA